UUUUUGGUCGCAAAGCUUCAGGUCGAAUCGAUUCUUCAACCAAAGCCCGAGCAGAUCGAGAGGCGAGGAGGAGAAGCGAUGGACAAGAGCCUGCUUGGCGAUCUCGAUUCGCUCCCUGAAGAGGACAAAGUCCGGAUGUCCGCCAUGAUCGAGCAGCUCCAGAUCCGCGACAGUUUGAGGAUGUAUAAUACAUUGGUAGAGAGGUGUUUUACGGAUUGCGUGGAUACCUUCCGGCGCAAGUCACUUGACAAGCAGGAAGAGACAUGCGUCCGCAGAUGUGCCGAGAAGUUCUUGAAGCACUCGAUGAGGGUUGGCAUGAGAUUCGCAGAAUUAAACCAGGGCGCUGCCACACCAGAUUAAAUCUCUUUUAGUUUCUCUCCUUAGAAGCUUUGUUCUACAGCUCAAAAGUUUGUAUCCUUCCUUGCAAGAUGGCACGAAGAGUUUUGAUUUUGUAUUUUUCUUGGUUAUUUUGAAGACUCAGAGAGGUUCGAAUUUCCUAAAUUUUGCACUAUGGUAAUGGGUUUAUUAAUA